AUGGCGUCUGUGUCCUCCACCUCCAGCAGCGAGCGCCACAAGAUGACCCCCGAGCACCUGCGCUCCGACAAGAACAGCAGUAAGUACAAGCUGAAGAAGCAGGUGACUGAAGAGGAGAUGUUCCAACUGCGCCUCAAGAUCAACGGGCGAGAGCGCAAGCGCAUGCACGACCUGAACCUGGCCAUGGACGGACUGAGAGAGGUGAUGCCCUACGCGCACGGCCCCUCCGUGAGGAAGCUGUCAAAGAUCGCGACACUUCUCCUCGCACGGAACUACAUCCUGAUGCUCACCAGCUCUCUGGACGAGAUGAAGCGGCUGGUGGGAGAGAUCUACGGCGGACAGCACUCGGCCUUCCACUGUGGGACCGUGGGGGGUCACCCUGCAGGACACUCGGGGGGGCCUGUAGCGGCCGCGGUAGCAGCAGCAGCGGCGGCAGCGCAUCAGGUUCAUCCACUGCUGUCCAGCUCUGUCUCCGGCCCUCUGCCCGGCUCGCUUCCGGGGCUGCCCUCCAUGAGACCCCCGCACUCCCUGAUGAAAGGCUCGCCCCCUGCUCCUCCUGCGCUGCCCCUGGGUUCCGGCUUCCAGCACUGGGCAGGACUCCCGUGCCCCUGCGCCAUCUGCCAGCCGCCUCCACACAUCCCCAUCUCGUCCAGCGGCCUCACGAGGCUCACCAGCGAGGGCAAAGACACUAUGAAAUGA